GUUAAUUUUCUCGAAAAGAGAUAAAUCGAAUAUAGAUCGAUCGAGAUACAUGCAUUUCUUUUGCGACACCCUGUAUAAGUGGUGUCGCUCGUGUACUAUGUACACUAUACAGCGAUGUAUUCUUACAAUUAGCUGUAUAAGGAACUCGAUAGCAGGUGAUCGCUAUCGUUUGAAAACACGACAGAUUAGACAUCGUAAACACCCCCGUUUAAAACGCGCUCAGUCUUUGUUGAAUCGUUCCGUUAGUCUCGAGCAGAUCGAAUGAAAAUAUUCAGAUUCGCACGGUCCGAGGAAAAAUGGAUGACGAAAAUGCAAGCUGCUCGCACGACGGCGAGGAUGAUGAACAACUGUCACUGCUGGAUCUCCCGGUCGAGAUAUUCCUGCAUAUAUGCUCCUUCUUAGAGGCGUCGACAUUAGUACAUGGUUUGAGCCUAGUGUGCAGACAGUUCUACCUAAUUUUAAAGGAUGAUUCAUUGUGGAAAGCACGAAUUAACCAUACAUGGCCGGAUGCUAGCUACCCACUCUUGCGUCCUGCGAGACCUGACAAACUGUUUUGGAAAUUGUCAUGUGUUGCGAUCGAAAAACAAACAGCGCUAUGGAAACAACGGGAUUCCAUGGAAAAAUUGAUAAUUGCGAAUGCACAGUACAGCACAAUAGAUGCUCUGUUACUGAUGCACGAUGGAACCACAUGUAUAGCUGGUGCGAGAGAUCGCACCCUGGUUUACUGGAAACUUCCCUCACACGAGAAACUACCCUCUCAUGAAAUUGGGAAUUCUGUCUGCAUAGAUUCCGCGCAUAAUGGAUGGAUCUGGGAUCUGACGGCGAUAGAUAACACGAUCUAUAGUUGUAGUUGGGAUCAGAGUGUCAAGUCAUGGAUGCUAAUCAACACCGGUCUCGUUCAGUUGAGAACUUACGAAAUGAACGUGCCGGGUGCACUAUUAUGCGUGUCGUCAUGUCCAGAGCAGACCCUCUUUGCAACCGGUUCGUACAGCAGGACUAUAUUCGUGUUCGAUUCGAGAUCAGGACAUAAGCCGAUCAGGCAGUAUCGACCGCACACCGGGGCUGUGAUUAAGCUGGCCAUGAACUCGGAAUACAUCUUGUCCGCCAGCGAGGAUAAGACAGUGUCCAUUUGGGAUCAGAGAGCUGGACGGACUAUGAAGUCUAUCACAAUUUCAGGAGAAGCCUUCCCCAUGUGUAUGAGCAUGCAACGGGAUUGGGUUUGUGUGGGUGACAGCACUGCGAAAUUGCACGUGCUAAAUCCAAAGAACGAUUUCGAGUUAGUGAAAUCUUACUCUACCGAGCAUACGAAAGGAAUAACGGGGGUGCAUCUGACGCAUGGAUGUCUGAUAACAAGCUCCACGGAUGGUUACGUCAGAAUUUCAAGCCCUACGGAUCCACCGAAGCCUAUUGCUGCUUUGCUUUCGGGAUUCGGAGAGAUUGCCAGUAUGGAUUACCUGAAUGGUAUUCUCGCGAUAUCUGGCAUCGAUAUCGCAGUAUGGCGACCAAAGUCGACGUUUUCAACGAAACAUCAAUGAAUUUCUAUACAUGUUCUAUAGCUAUUCUAUAGCUAUAUUGCUUUGAUAUAUACAUACAUAUAUAUAUAUGUAAUAUAUUCUUAGUUUUUACUAAGAUACUAUU